AUGACGAUGAAGACGAUGAGAUUGGCCAGCAUCCACCUCAGCAGCGGCACCACAGCCGUCACUUGUUCGGACAGCCUGAGCCGGAGCCGAACCAGCCUGAGGAGUGAGACGGCCAGCAGUGCAGCAGGUGGUGGCCACAGUCACCACCAUCAUCAUCAUCACCAUCGACGGCAGGCGAGCAGUACCAGCAGCACGAGCUGUCUGCUGGUGGCGAGACAAACGAGGACGGAUGAUGACGAAACGCCAGAAGAGGAGGCGGCUGGCACAACGGCGACCUGUAACACCGAAGACGAACGCCAUCCGGAGAGCGCCUCGACGCUGUACGUCGAGAACUGUCACUGUUCGCGAGGGAACCUCACGACCACCACCACGACCGAUGACGACGAAGAGCUGCAGCAGUACUUUAUCAACCGAAGCGUAUCGAGACGUCCCUCGAACGUCAGCUCAACGUCACGGGUCAGCCAUCGGAGCAACCGGAGCACACCCCGAAGUGGCGGAGGAGGAGGAGGAGGCGGCGGCAGUGGCGGAAGUAGCCGAAGUCGACAGCAGUCCAAGCGCGCUACUCCACUCAGCGGUGUCAGCUGUUGUAGCCAUCACUCGCAUCAUUCGACACAACCCCAGACAUACCGGAGUCGAGGCGGUCCCGAUUCACCGUCCUUUCUGCAGGACAGUGGAUCCAACGCAACCAUUUCAAACUUUAACAUAAAUCCGGCACGGUUCCAGUGCAGCUACUACACGGCGGACGAGAGCGAAAACUCCUACUGCUCAAUCAGCGGAGAAAACAUCCGACAGAUCCAGGCACAGACCCAAAUUCAAACGGCGCUCGAGAUGCGUCAGAAGGAGCACGAGUGGAUACUGAAGCGGCCCGAACAACCGGCACCGCCACCACCAUCCCGGCUGCAACCACUUCCACUGCCACCAUUGCCACCGCCCGACGGUGGCAGUGACUACAACGAUAGCCAGCAGGACGUCAACAGCAUCAACGGAUCGAUCACGUCGAUCAUUGAAAGCACGUCCAGCGAUCAGCCGGGUGGAUCGACAACCACCAGCACGACGACCUCCACCACCCAACGUCAGCUCCAACAUGUCGGCGAACGUGGCGGGACAAAAAACGGGAGCAGCUCCGGCAGUCAGAUGAUCCUCACACCGUCCAAAAUAACGAUUGAGAACAUUGGCCAACUGUCGGAGAUUGCGGCCAACGAUUACGACUUUGACGACAUCGACGUCAGCAUACCGGAGAUGUUCCACUCGCCCUCCAAGAUCAAGUGGAACUUUCUAGCCGGCCUCGAGGAGAACAAAUCCAACAAAUCACGCAUCAGCUCAAUCUCCAGCCUGGUGGACGCGGCCAGCAGUGGGCGCGGACGCAGCGGAACCGAAUCCGGCGGAGCAGACGUCAGCGAAACGGGAAGCGAGCGCAGACGUGACGACAGCAGCGACAACGACUACAGCCCAAACCGUAUCCAGCAUCAACCGCUACCACCGCUUCCAACACCACCACCCCAGAGCUCAUCCAGCUGCAAGAUUGAAGAACUGCUCAAAAAAUCAUCCCCUUCGGCUUCGUCCGAGUUCAAGACGGUAUCGAUCUGGCGCGCGGAAAAUGACGACGAAGCAAACGCCAUCAUCUUCCACCACGAGAGCGAAAUCGUCGAGAACUGCUGCAAUAACCAUUUUUUAGACCACAGUAGCUACGACAUCUGUACCGUGGACAACUGUGACUAUCUGAUCAAAAGCAGCGACACCAAGAGCGAAGGCAAGGGCAGCAUCUACAGUGCGAAAAGCGAAGAACGCCUCAACAACUCCGUUGCACUGUCCAGUUCGGCAGCCGCCAACAAGCUGGAACUCAAGCAGCGGAACAUCUUCACGUCAACGCUACUCUCCGCAAGCGCCACGCCAGCGAACGUGUACAGCAUCAUCUCACCCGACCUGAAACGGUUCGAGAAGCAAACCAACCUCAACCGCAACUCGGUGAACCUCAGUCAGAACCUGUCCUCACCAUCGUCAUCCUCUUCGUCGUCCAUAUUUCUGGGCAACUACAAUCAAACGUAUCGAAACAUCAAUCAAAACAACGGCGAAGACAAGCUGCUCAACACGUCCAGCUCGAGAAGCCGCCCGGCGCCAACGGCACCAGCCCCACCACCGCCAGUCGCAACGACCAGCCGCUCAACCACCAGUGUUGGCUUCAACAACGCCGCUGACGCACCACCACCGGAUGCGUCCCCACUGGAACCUGCUCCACCGUUCAGCAUCACGGCGGCGGCGUCCACCGCAACGGCCGCAGCUGCAUCCCAGUUCUACAACAAGUCCUACCACAUCAAUCUGACGGCACAGAACCGCCUCUACUUCCACGCGUACUCGAACGCCGUCCGGGAGAUGGAACAGUGCCCGCACCAGUCCCCCUCGCCAACCUCGAUCCAGUCGGAACGUUCGCCCCAACCGUGCGCCCAGUGCCAGGAGCUGUACGGGUCGCCCUUCUUCUACAGCAGUACCAACGCCACCAACGAGGACUCCACCGGCACCGGUGGAACCUUUGCCGACAUUGCCAACACUAGCAGCAGUGCCAGCCUAACCGGAUCCGGAACGGGUGCGGGACACCGUCGCGGUGGAGGUGCCCGGCCCGGAUCGGUCCGCUGGCGACGCAACGUGAGCCACUCGCUCCGGAUCAACGGUCUGGUUCGGGUCGUGCGGACCCGGGCCCGCAAGUGCGCCGACUACAUACGCCACAAGGAGCGCCUGACCCAGAAUCGCUUCCACCGGCGGAACCCCGAACAUGGUCCGUACCGAACCGGAUGCGUGAACGCCGUUCCCGAUCAAGGCCAGGAUCUGAAGUUGCCGGAAACCGCCGGAACUUUCCAGAUCAAGCGCUGCUGUUCAACGUCACCCUCCGCUACCUCUUCAGCCAACCGUCUCCGAGCGUUUGUCCAGCCGCGGACUUACGCCGUCGGAAGUCGGAUUCCGGAAGUAUCCGCUCCAGGAGCUUCCACCAAGUGA